AUGGCAUCAAUGGCCCCACAAAAUAAAUAUGUAUUCCAUGGUGUUCUUGCAGAAUGUACAGAGAACAGAUUUAUCGAGAUAACAGUUGACAAAAAUAGACAAUUUCUGUAUGUUCAAGAAUUUUUCUUGGAUUCCAGCAUGAAAAUCACAGAGCAGAAGUGUCAAACUCAAACAGUCACCUUACCAGACUAUUUCAAAUUGGAGAGAAUUAUUGGUAAACCAAUAUGCAUUGGAUGUCAUGGUGACCUUUAUAUUAUACAAUAUAUAACACAAUCUGUGAAAUACAUACAAUUUAUUGCCCUUGAUACAUUAUCAAAUUAUAUUCAAUGUUUUAAUGACACUCAGCAUUUCUUUACCAAAGAUUUUGCUUCCAUUCAACCAUUACGCUGCCAUAUCAGUUUAGAUUAUUCAACUAUACUUCUUAGACUACCUCAAGAUAUAGAAACUCAGAAGAGAUGGACAAUGAUUUUGAAAGUCAAAACAAAAUUUCCUGAAAAACCAGUUGGUCUUGAAAAUGAAGUUAUUGGAACAGAAAAAUUUGAAAUCAGAGAUAGAAAGUUUCAUCUUUUAGCAUUUCAACACGAUGGCAAUAUCCUGACUGCAGACUUAGAAGAAUAUUGUGCUCGAUGUCGCUUUACUAUUCACAAUUCUCAAACAGGGGAGGCAAUCCUACAGAAGGUGCACAAGAAAAAUGCACGGACUUGUUCAGGCUGCGAGCAAUACAUUAGUACUGGUAAUAGUUCAGAUUCUGAAGAUGAUUCUCCUUUAGAAUUCUACAGCAUUUUAAAGUGUUCAAUGUGUUUCAAUAGAAAAGGCAAUAUUUUGAUAAUAUAUAGCAUUUGUGUAUCAAAUCUUUACAGAAUUCAAUGCAAGUUUGAUUUUUACGACGCAGAAACUUUGGAAGCUGUCAGCAUCAUCGAGAUGGAUAUUGUCAAUUCAAUAGUCAAUGCAAAAUCCAUUAAAAAAUUGUUUUUCAGUGCUAUAGUUUCUCCAUGUGACUCUAAGUUACAGAUUUGGGCCUACAAUUGUGGUUCUACAUCAUUUACAAAAUGUACUGAAGUGAAAAUGCCUCUUGUGAAUCUCUGUGAAGUGCCAACAUUGCAAAUGAAAUGUCGUGAAGUUAUUCUAGCCAGUAUGAAUAUAGCAGACAUCAAGGCAUUUCAGAAACUUCAAACACUACCUGCCUCUUUGUGGAAAUACUUGAAAUUUAAAUGA